GAACAACCCAAAUCUUCAAGUGGGAAGGACAUGUAUGGACGCUAGAAGGUGCCGAACUUUUGCAAGAUAAUAACAAAAAUAAACUAAAUUAAUAGGAAUUGACGGUGUCAUUUUCAUCUCAUUAUCCAGAAUAAGAAACUUUUGAUCUGGAGUUUUGUUCGACGAGGGAAUCUUAGGAAGUUUUCUGUAUUUCAUGAAUUACUUGCGGCAGUUUUGUGGUCGGAGUUGACAGCAAAAUCUGGGGUAGAUGGAAGCCAGCGGGACCGUGAUUGCUUUCUAGUGGGACUCUGUCCCGCUAGCUAGGGCUCCACUUAAACCCUCGUUCCUGCAGGAUUAUUGGAAACGAUGUUGUUGCUGGUUCAGCUGAGCCGAAGACUAAUUAAAUAGGCCUAAAGGAUUUUAACUGUGACCCAAAUCAAUGAGAACAUUCUACCUGUACCCCGUAUGUUGGUAAUUUCUCCUUAGUCUUCUAAAUUCUAAACUGCUACAAUGUUUUCGUUAUCAACCAGCAGUCAAACAAAGUCGAAGACUUUUCAGUUUGAUCCGAGCAGAGGACUAGAUUUUGAGAAUGACAUAAAAGUUCUGCGGAGGUCAAGGUUGACCAAGCUCUCAGAGUUCAUGACAAUGCUACUGUCGGCCGAACGCUUUCAGCGGGAUGCCAAGUUAUCUUCGCUAACAAGGAAGGACAAGAACCAACUUGCUCAGCAGGCUGAAGAUGCCCAGUUCUUUCGCAUCUUGCUUAGGAUGUUGAUGGAAGUCAGCAGAGCUAGUGGUCUAAAACAAAGGGAUGACCUAAAGAAAGUUUACCAUUGGUAUCAACUCAACAAAGAAGUGUUACAUUGUGAACCACACUUCAAAGGGGCGGGCAAGCAGAUGUACAAGCGUCCUGAGUUGAAAUUCACAUCAGAUGCAAUCAAGUACUACUCUGACCCUCCGGGCAGGAGAAAGAAUCACCAUGUGGCCUUCCAGACACCCUCUCAGCAGAACAGUCCUAGGGGUCAAGGGUCAGAUGACCUCAAUGACCUACGGAUAGAUAGCAGUCGACCAACGACAGCACCUCCUGGCAUGCACAGACCAAAGAUUCGUAACUCACUCCGCAGUCCAAGGUCCGGUGAUGAUGAUGCCAGCUUUGCUGUGAACUACAUCAAUUCCUACCUCAACAACCACCUGUCUCCCACGGCAACCGGGCUGGACAGACCAGCCUCGGCCAUGAGUGUCAUUCGCCACGCCCAGAUUGCAUCUCAGCAGACAAACCAGGAUGAGGAGGAGGAGGAUGACCUCGGGAGCGGCCAAUCUGCCCAUUAUUCCCAAGCUGCGAGCCUGGCCAGUGAAUCCAACAUCUCAAUACCGGUCCCGGAAGCGAGACGAGAUGGAGAUGAGAAGAAGGAUGAGAACGAAGAAGAAGAAGAUAGUGAGAAGGCAGAUGAUGAUGAUGGAGAGAACCCAUCAGAAGGAGAGAAGGAACAAGGUCCUGGUCUCUUUAAAAGGAAACCCCCAUUGACGAGCCUUGUGAACCCGGUAGCCCAAGCAACCUUUGAAGAGGAGUCAUUCUAUGGAGCUCUUCCACCUGAGAUUAGUGAAGGGACUCUGCUCAGGGUACAAGUGGACAUGCCUAAAACUGCAGCUACCAAGCAGCAUCCUGGACCAUCAGAGGCUGAGAGGAAAGCAGCACACCUACAGCAAUGGCAGGAUUACCAGCAUAAGCAGGGCGUGGCUGCAGGGGAUGGCACCCCUGGCGUUGAUGAGGGAGGGGAGAGGGUCGUUACUACUGAGGUACCAGAGAGGUUUACUCAGGAGGUCAUAGUAAAUUAUGCAGCACAGGAGUCCUUUGUCACAGAUAAUGCUCCACAUAUCCCUGCCAAUAGUCUGGCGUCCCAGUCUCUUGAGCAUUUCUACAAGAUGACAGAGAGCCACGAGCCUAAGGUUGAUCAGAAUCCCAUCUCAACACAGUCUGCACUAAGACUACAGAAAUCUCAAGAGGCCAAGAAAGUCACUAUAGCAGAGGGCACUUCAAACAAUACAAGACAAAGAUCACUAAGUGCAAGAAUGGAGAGACCAUCAACUGUGCAAGCAGCCUCACUCGUCAUGUUGGCAGAUCAUGUUGGAGAUAAUAUGAUGGUUGAAAAGGAACCGAAUGGGCCUGAGAUGCCUGCAGGCUUCCGCAGACCGUCCUCCAAGGUUACUCCUAAGAGACCUGCCACCGCACCCAGCACAAACCCCAUUAGUGUUUCAGUCGCCAAAAGCUAUGGGGGCAGGUCACCCCCUCCAAACAGCUCUGGAGAUUCCACCCCUGAGUACACGCCCAGGAACCGGAGAGGUGAACCUAUAUUUGCCCUACCAGAGGAAUCAGACUACAAUGUCCAUUUCAGAAGACAAGGUCAAGCACCACUCUCUACCACCGUCCCUCAUUCUAUCUCUAGGCAUCAAGGAAGCAUGCUCCCCGAGGCAGCUAGAUACAAGUGGCGUGAUGAUGGGUAUGGUAAUAUGACCUAUCGAAAAAUACACAGUCGAAUCCAGAGUGCCCCUGCUCAGAGGACGUCAUUGAGAACGGCAGGGUCAACCAGGGGAGGAAACAGACCUAAAACUGCUUCGGAAGCAUCAACUAAGAACAGGAACAAGAACAAGAACAAUUGGCAUCCAUGCAAGGUAUGUGAGGAUAAUAUCCGUCUACCCCAAGCAGCCAGCCACCGUAUGAAGACGAUGCACCCAGCCACCGUUGCCAGUAUGAUGUCCAUCAAGACCCUGGGAAGUGAUCAACGCAGGAUGAGUUCAAGGAUGGGACAUCACCACACAGGGGCCUAUCCUUGGGAAGAGGAGCUAGUAGCAGGUAGUGUCCCACCUAACAUGCAGUACAUGUCAAUCAGCACACCUGCAGCCAUCAAAGUGAGGAAUGCUACUGAUGGGAGCUUGGCCCCCAAUCAGAGUACAGAGAGCCUGGUACCUAAAGACUCCCUGCACAGUCCGUCCAAAGACUCCUCCCAUCCCUGUGCAAUCCAGGGCUGGUUCAUGGGUGAUAGCUCAGCAGGGGAGACGGCUGAUGGACCUCCCUCCUCCAACCAGGGAGGGGACAACGCCUCCUCCACCAUGAUGGCCCCUAGCGAGAGAAGCUUCGGAGGGAUGUCAGACAUUGACCUCGCUGACCUCACGGAUCAGACCCUCAGCCCCGCCGACACGCCAAGGACAAUGGACAGUGGGGAUGGCAGGGCUCAGAGCAGGUUAGAUUUGAGUGUAGGGAAUGGCAUUGGCGAGCUUGCGCAAGAUAUGGAGAUACCACAGGCUGAUAACGACUCACAGAGAGGCAUGCCAGACAUGGCAACAAAAGAGGCUGAAGAUUCAUCAGAGAACACACCUAGAUCAGUUGGAGGCAAUAGCUCUAUUGCAGACACACCGUGCUCUUCCAGAGGAAUCAGUCAGGCUGCUGACGAACCAGAGGCUACUAGCUCUGACAAUAUGCCAAGAGAAACUAUUGUCCAGGGAGAACCUGAUCAAACCAGUUCUGAGCAGCUAGUUGCAGAGUCCAAACUGGAUGAAGUUGAAGCGGAUCCAACUGGAUCAGACGAGACUGGGGCAAAGCAGGAGGAAUCGGACGCUGAACAAGCUGCACCUUCCUCAGCCCAGCAUACUUUCAAAGCUCAAGCUGUAGUAGCUAGACCCUCCUCAUCCUCCUCCUCCUCCUCCUCCAUACGUGCUGUACCCAGCCACGCCCAUUCCUUUGUCCCUGUGGAAAAGCAUGAGAAAACAUCCCACCAUCACCACCAAAACCAACAUCCUCAUCCCCAUGGUAACCAUGACCAGCAUCAUCCACCUAGAGAUGUUCUUCCAGGAGGCGUGGCUGAGGCCAAAGUCAUAUCCCUUGAUUUGGAUGUUCAUAUGCACGAAAGAAGUCCUAGUGCAGCUUCCAACAGCUCACCUAAGAAUAGACCCAUUGCAUACAUGAAGUUGUCUGAAGAUGAGAAAAACAAGUUGAAAGGCAAGCAUCCCACCGCUGCCACCAGUACACCAGAGUACCUGCUGAUGAUGCCAGCUGUGAGUAGCAAACCCCUCACACCCUCUAGCAGGCCAACCACGCCCAGGUCAGCCACGCCCAGGUCACCAAGGGUGUCUCCUGCCACCAGUCCCUGUCCGAGGUACUCUAGGACCCCCUCUCCGUCCAUUAGGUCCCCAUCACCAUCCAUUAGGUCUCCGUCUCCAUCCAUUAGGACCUCGUCUCCUAGAUCCCUCAAUGGACGCCUAUCUCCAAGCUUGAGGACAUCACAACAAGGUCAUGGUUCUAGGAGUCCCAGUCCGACCCUCUCUGCAGCAUCGCAGUCGCUGAGACCAAAGUCUGCGAGGUCAAGGGUCACCUCGGCUCGACAACGAGAACCACCCCCAUCAGACAAAGUCAAGGCAGAGGAUGUCGGAGUAGCAGGAGAGGAUGGAGAGAGGGGUAGUACUCCGGUGGGGCUGUCAUCAGAGAGUCAAAUCAGCAUCACUGCCGAGGAUGAAGAGGUAUCUUUCAUCACUGAUACAUAUGAUGAUGAUCUGGGUAUCAUCGAUGAUGAUGGAGCCAGUCUGGCCCCCUGCACACCGGACAACUUCAGCCAGCAGGAUGGCCUCUCAUCCGGUGCCACAUCACCUUCUAUCACCAUCACCAUGGCAACGAAUGCAACCUCAGACCAGCCGCCUGCAGUACCCCAGAUCCUGGUGAAGAGACCAAGCUCUGCCCCAGGGAUCCGGACCGAUGGUGGCCCGUCUUCGUUGGGACUCUCUCCUGAAGGGGGUGGUGGGGGCGGUGGUGGUGGUGGUAGUGGUGGUGUUAGACCAUCGUCUGCCAGAGGACGAAGGCCGGUCUCAGCAAGAAGAGCGGCAUCACCUCAACCGAGGAGACCUACGUCACCAAGGUAACAUGGAAUAUAUAUUU